CUCCAGCGGAGGGUGGAGGCAGACCCCAACCCACCUUCCUGUGGGGAGAAGGCGCUGCUCCUUUGCCAGAGGGACGCGUGGUGCCCGGACACGGCCCUGACCCGCGCGUAGUAGCGCCGCUCCGGGUCCAGGGUGUAGUAGCGGGCGUUGCUGGGGCUGCCGUGGCCCGGCUCCCACCUCAGCAGGUGCCGCGCCACCUCCGCGGCGAAGCGCACGGCCCGGGGCCUGGCCAGCCCCUCACCUGCGGGCACAGGGGUGCUCAGGAGGCUGCACGGCCCUGCCCCGCCAGCCCCACGGGAGCCUCAGGACGGCCUCCUGCAGCAUCACCCCGUGACGGGUGAGGGACAGCCCAUCUGAGGCUUGGUGCUUUCCUGCCCCAAGAAAGGAGCUGUAUUUGCAUCCCCAAUCCCCUGCCAUUCGCCACCAGCUCUGUUUGGACUCGGCUUUCCUGUUUUGCUCAUCUGCUGCCUGGGUGAAACCAGACUUUUUCACACCUCCUGCCUGAUCUCGGUGUUGUCACCUGGCAGAAAAGCCCCGCUGACAACAUCUGCCACUUUUCCCUUGCAGGUUUCCCCAGCAUCUGCUGCCUGCUGGCAAACACCCAGCCCAGCACAGUGUCCCCAGGACCGUGGGCACACCGGUGGGGACAAGCCAGGCUGGUGCCCCUCUCUGAGCCUUUGGGGUCCCAGCCAGCAGCGAAUGGCAAGCGGGAAUUCUUGACUUCUGGGUCACACCAGCGAGGUUCUCCUGGGGUUGGGCAUGGCUGUGCAUCCCCUCCUCUGCGCUCAGCUGGGCAGGAGAGCUGUGGGUGAGUGAGUGGGGGGCACAGAGGGCAGGAAGGGGGGCUCAGAGGACAGUGGGAGCCCCGGGAUGCUGCUGUUCCCCGGGGCCGGGUCUCCCGUGCUCCCUCAUUCCCGGGCCCCGCUGGCCCUGCCCCGCAUCCCUGGCCCAGCCAGGGCAGGUGUUUUGCAGGCUGUGCCUGGAGCAGUUGGGAAACCGGCGGCGCUGGAGCCGGGCAGGUCCGACAGGUUUGCUCCUGGCGCUGCCACUGACGUACGAGCCCGCUCGCCAAACACCUCCUGCCGCGGCCCCGCGGAGCUGGCUGUGCUCGGCACCGCGCUGCUGGCAUGGCUGUGCCGCAGCUCUGAGCCCAGCCCAGCCCCGAGCCCGGCCCAUGGACGGCAAAACCUCCCCGACCACUGCCUCGCCCAGCAGUGUCCCCCCCAGCCUCCUCCAUGUCUCCAAGGUCAGCAGCAUCUUCGGUGCCCGACCUCCACAGCCUCGAGAGAACGUCCUGGGCAUCAGCUUCAAACCCUACAGCCCCGAGGCCGGCACAGCCCCGAGCCCCUGCUCAGCCUGUGAGAGCACACGAUCCUCCAUGUUCAGAGCUCCCUGCAUGAGCCAGCGGCGGCUCGCGCUCAUCUUCUGCGUCUCCAUCCUCAUCGUGCUGCUCAUCGCCCUCAUCCUGCUGUUGACUGGGAAUGCUCCUGUGCCCGGCACGCCUCCAGAUGCCCCCCCAGGUGGGUCACAGCCCUUCACCCACAGCCAGCCCCGGCCUCAGCGUGGUGUUCUCCCGCUUCCAGUCAUGUUCUGGCGGUCGCAGACGGGCAUUGUGUACAAGGAACCAGCAGAGAGCUGCAGGGACAGCGCCGUGCGCUGCGACGGCGUCGUCGACUGCUCCCAGAGGAGCGACGAGCUGGGCUGUGUGCGCUUCUCAUCCGGGGAGUCCUUGCUCCAUGUCUACUCCAGCACCGAGGGCCAGUGGCUGCCGGUGUGCAGCAGUGACUGGGACGAGUCUUUCUCCAGGAAAACCUGCCAGCAGCUGGGAUUCCAGAAUGCGUCACAGACCGAGUACAUCCCCCUGCACGUCUCUGGCAAGAGCCUCACGGUGACUGAUGAGCGAGAGACCAUCCAGCAGAGCCUCAACAGCUCCCAGUGUCUCACCGGGAAGUACGUCUCCCUGCGAUGCACAACCUGCGGGCAGAGGAUUUCUGGCCGGAUCAUCGGUGGGAAGGAGACCUCAGUGAACAAAUGGCCAUGGCAGGUCAGCGUGCAGUACGGGCCCAUCCACAUCUGCGGCGGCACCAUCAUCGACGCGCAGUGGGUGCUCACGGCUGCCCACUGCUUCUUCAUGAACAGCAUGAAGAUCCUGGAUGACUGGAGGGUGUACGGAGGGGUGUCAGAUCUGAAGCAGCCCAUGGAGGGCAUCCCUGUGUCCCAGGUCAUCAUCAACUCCAACUACAGCGAUGACCACGAUGACUACGACAUUGCCCUCAUGAAGCUCUCCAGGCCCCUGACACUCUCAGCCCAGGUCCGCCCCGCCUGCCUGCCCAUGUACGGCCAGCGAUUCCAGACCGGCCGGUCCUGCUUCAUCACCGGCUUCGGGAAGACCAGAGAGAACGAAGAUAACACAUCCCCGAAGCUGCGGGAGGCCGAGGUGAAGCUGAUUGACUACAAGAUCUGCAACAGCGACAAGGUGUACGAGGGCUACCUGACCCCGCGCAUGAUGUGCGCCGGCUACCUGCAGGGAGGGAAGGACGCCUGCCAGGGUGACAGCGGAGGGCCCCUGGUCUGCGAGGACGAUGGCCGCUGGUAUGUGGCCGGGGUGACGAGCUGGGGGACAGGAUGUGGCCAGAAGAACAAGCCCGGAGUGUACACGCGAGUGACAAAGCUCCUCAGCUGGAUAUACAGCAAAAUGGAGAGCGAGAACGACUAAAGGUGGGAUGGACGCUUGCCUGGGCUGUGCCUCUCCGGCUGGCACGGGCCACUGCCCCAGGCUGCUGCCAGGGCACCACGGCACCAGCCAACCCCCCACCUCUCUCUGGACUGUCCGUGCAGCCAGGGACGUGUGGCUGCCCCAGAACUCUGAAAACAGCACCUGCAAAGUGACCCUGCCCUCGCCUGGUGCCAGGGGUGACAUGGGCACAGCACCCACCCGGGGGGGACACAGCCCAUGCCAGCAGCUGGCCGUGCUGGCUGGGGGACACCUCCUCACCCCGUGCCUGUGACUCUUCUCCUGUAAAUAGACCUGUCUGGACAGGCUGUGCGAGUGCUUCCUGGCAGGGCCGUGGCACUCUCAGCGGCCAGGGGCUGCCAGCAGUGCCCGUGGAGAGGGAACUCUCUCCUUGUGCCAGGUCAGCACCUCAGGGUGCAGGGUGUGGCAGCUGUGUCCACACUGUCCACACCUCCGGGGCCACGCUGGCGGCUCUGCUGCGAAGGGGAGCCCCGAGGGGUGGAUAUUGCACCCUCUGGGAGGGGCGGCCGCUGCUGCAGUGUUUGCGGAGGGAUUUAGGAAGUGCAUUUUAAGGGACGUCCCACCCUGCCAGAGCAAUCCCUGUUUGUUUAUUUUGCCGUGCUCUGAGCCAGCGCUCCCUCCCAGGGCUGCAGCCGCUCUCGGUCUGCCCCGGGGAGGGUUCGUGGGGCCGCUCUGUGCCUGGGGGUGGCUCUGGGAGGUGUGACAGAAAUCAGCGGCAGCCAAAGGCCACGCUGGAGUGUGGCUCAGUCACCCCCGCUGGCAGUGCCCAGAGUGAGGCAGCCCUGGAUCUCCCUGCUGUGAGCUCUGCAGUGCCCCAGGGCUGCCUGCAGGGAUGGCACAGUCAGCCUGUCCUCCCUGCCCACGCCCCAGCAGGGACACUUCUCCCUGUGCCUCCUGGUGGAUGCUGGGGCACACAAGGAGAUCCCCAGGGUGAGCAGAGGCUGCCUGCUCCCCUCCCCAGCCCUGUGGUCAGCUGCAGGGGGGUCCUGUGGAGCCUGGCCACCCCUGCACUCUUCUAAUAAAUGUUUUGGUAGUGCCCCA